AUGGGAUUUUGCUGGCCCUUGCUUUCUACUAUAGUAGGUCUCCCGAAGACUCUGUAUGAUCUUGUGGAUGCUAUGCGCAGUGGUAUCAAAUCGAAGUUGCUACUACACGGUGCUGAGUUGAGCGCUGGUAGUGAGGAAGUGGUCAGAUGUUAUGGGAAAUGCCNNNNUGCUGUGUCCAUCUCGGACACCGAGGCUGUGCGUAUGUCAAGAUGGCUCCUUCGCGAGGAUGGUCUCUUCGUUGGUAGCAGCGGUAGCUUGAAUGUCGCUGCGGUUGUUAAAGCAUACAAGCGUGGCUACAUCAAGCCGGGCCAACGAGUGGUGACGAUUGUGUGUGACAGUGGCAUGCGGCACUUGUCGAAGUUCUGGAAUGACGCCUAUUUAGCCUCUUUCGACGGCCUUGUUAUCCCUGUGGAUGAAAAAUACCAGACUCCUUUACAGUUUGUUCACACUGAGUAA